CUUCCUCUGCCCUCCCCCCAGCCGCGGCUCAUCCUCGAGGGCGGAGAGAGGUGGCAUUUGAGUCCUCCGGUAUCCCAGCAGGCAGUGCAGCCUAGAGACGCUGACAAAGGAGCGGAGGAGCAGUCGCAGCUGCUUUGCAAGGAGCCGGUGUUUCCGAGAUUGCCAAAAUGCUUUGGAGUUUUUAACUGAAUCUAAGAAAAGUCCAAAAUAGAUUUGAGACUGUAAAGACAGAAGCUGCAGCAAGGGGGAUUCAGUGUCAAUGCAUCAACAAAAAAGACAACCAGAGUUAGUGGAAGGAAAUCUUCCUGUUUUUGUGUUUCCCACGGAGCUAAUAUUUUAUGCAGAUGAUCAGUCAACGCAUAAGCAAGUGUUGACUCUGUAUAAUCCCUAUGAGUUUGCCUUAAAGUUCAAAGUUUUGUGUACUACUCCAAAUAAGUAUGUUGUCGUUGAUGCUGCAGGUGCAGUAAAGCCUCAGUGUUGUGUGGAUAUUGUGGUUCGUCAUAGAGAUGUUCGAUCCUGUCACUAUGGUGUAAUAGACAAAUUCCGUCUCCAAGUUUCCGAGCAAAGCCAGAGGAAAGCUUUGGGAAGGAAAGAGGUGGUUGCUACUCUUCUUCCAUCUGCAAAAGAACAACAAAAGGAAGAAGAGGAUAAAAGAAUAAAGGAACAUUUAACUGAAGGUUUAUUUUUUGAGCAGUCGUUUCAACCAGAAAACAGCACUGUCUCUUCAGGACCUAGUUUACUAACUAUCUUCCUGGGAGUGGUGUGCAUUGCAGCCCUGAUGCUGCCUACACUGGGGGAUAUGGAAUCGCUGGUGCCUCUCUACCUCCACUUAAGUGUGAAUCAAAAAUUAGUGGCUGCUUAUAUCUUAGGUCUUAUUACAAUGGCUAUACUUAGAACAUGAGCAAGGAUUUCAGUUGGCUUCUGAAGUAAAUUUAUCUUGAAAAUAUGAAUGUGGACUGCCUUUUAUCUCUUUCACUCCAUUACCACUCUACAAACUAUUAAAUGAUUUUAAAUGAUUGCAAAUGUAUAAUAUAUUUUAAAUUACUCUAUAAUUUUAUUUGAAGGACUGUAGCACAUUAUGUUACAGACAGCAAGGGGUGCUUCUGAGUGUCACCUAGGAAAUUAUUUGAAGAAAUUCCUUUUAUAUUUAUGCCAGUUGUAUGAAAGGCUUUAAUUAAAACACUUGUUAUUUUCUCAUCUUUUUUUCUAAUUUACUUUGAUUGUUAAGAGUCAUGUUGUCCUUCAAAGUUAAAGACCUGAAAGAGCAAACUGACCAGCCUAAGAAUAAAAUUACAUUUAUUUCCUACCUAAGAACAUCAAUGUUACUAUGUAAAUUAUACCUUGCCCUCUAUUAUUAUAAACAGUUGCCAUGGUGUUUCUAAAAUAAGAGUUUUAUAGUUAAUUUAUGGAGGAUUAAAAAAAAGGUACUAAGGGAUCAUGCUUACCCACGGUUCCACGGAAGACAGGAUAUGUUUAAUUCAUCUCGUGAACUACAGAAUGGGUUGUGGUCCAGACACCAAGCAUAUGGGUUUUUUAAAAAACUCACAGAAGUAGAGUGACCUCUUUAUUUGGUCUAAGAGUUCUAAAGGAAGAUAGGCAUUUGUUUAGUUAGUUGAUUCACCCUGGCUUUACCUCUGGUUAAUGCUUUAUGUUAAUAGGGGGAAAAUCCCUUUAUCUUUUGUCCCAAGCUCCUUGCCUGCCUGCCUGUGACUUGCCCAGACUGGGAUUACCAGAUACCAGGUGAUUUAUGUGGAGAUGAUUUUUCACCUUUAAACUGUAAGUCAAGUAUAGAAAACCCCUGAUAGCUGUGUCUAUUUUAUAUCAGUCACUGAGACAUUUUUUAAGUUUUUAUUUAUUAUUAAAACAACUUUGCCAAAAAAGUCCCCUAAGCACAACUAUUUACAUUUCUUUAUAGCCUCUUCUGAUCUCUAACAUAUAUAUGCAGUUUCAACUGCUAUUGUCAUAGGAACUGAUCUUUUGUCUUAGGAUUUUUAUCUGAAAGCACAAUGCAUUAUUAAGAGUCUCUUGAAAAUCAUUCAGAUCUUUUUACAGGAUGAAUUUAUGCACUGCUACUGUAGUAUUCUCAAGGAAUAUAUGUAAACAUAAGUGUAUACCUGAAGUUGGUUUUUGUAGGAAACAGUACUCUGCUUCUAAAAACUUUUAUGUCUAGUCUUUCAUAGGAAAUCCUCAUUGUUUAACCAUUUGGGGAGCAUAAAUCAUUAAAUGGAUCAUGUGUGUACAUUGUGUAAUGACUGAAAAGCACAUAAAUGUAAUAUUUGAACUUUGUAAAAAAAAAUUGUUUGGAGGCUAUUCUUGUUUCUCUAUCCAUCCCAAGUCCUGUGUGUGCACGUGUGCAAGUGCACACACGUGUAUGUAUGUGUGUGAUAACACGUUGUAAAGAACAGAAAUUACUUUAAAAAAAUAAAAAGAAAAUGGAGACCUGAGUUUCA